AUGGGACUGCUUGCUCUUGGAACUCCUCUCGAAUGGCCGGAGGCGAAGAAGAGGGCCCAUCAGGUGCGCGAGUGGGGAAUUGAGCAACUCCUAGCGAAUUGGCGUCGAGCGCGAGGCAAGGAACGGGACGUCCUCUUGUGGGGCGACGAAGUCGAAUAUCUUGUGGUGUCUCUCGAUGAUGCAGCCAAGAAGGCUCGGUUAUCUUUGGCACAGGCCGAAAUUCUGAAGUCUCUCGCUCGGGAUGAGGCUCUGUGGCAAUCUGGUUCGUCUAGGAACGACGCCGAUGGGGAGCAUGCCGGCGAAGAUCCCCCACAUUUCCACCCUGAGUUUGGACGCUUCAUGCUGGAGGCCACUCCAGGGAGUCCAUGGGGCAUUGGGUUCAAAGACUUGUUGAAGGUGGAAUCCAAUAUGAAGUGGCGACGAGAGGUUGCCAAGGCGCACAUGGCACCUAAUGAGUCGCCCAUAACUCUUACGACAUUCCCUCGGCUGGGCACGAAGGAUGACUAUAUCCAGCCUUAUUACCCACCGUCAGGGCCAGCUCUUCGCUCCCAAUUCGUCCCCGAUGAGAUUGCCAACCCACACAUCCGAUUCCCGACAUUGGCCGCCAACAUUCGUUCCCGACGAGGACGUAAGGUUGAAUUAAACGUGCCUAUCUUCAAGGAUCAGAACACUCCCUCGCCCUUUAAAGAUCCCACCGUCAACUAUGAUCUGCACCUCUGGCCCGAGGAUGAUGAUGUGCGUAAUGGUGCUGUCAAGGAUGAUCAUGUCUACAUGGACGCCAUGGCGUUCGGCAUGGGUAGCUGCUGCUUGCAGAUCACCUUUCAGGCAAAGAAUAUGACUGAAGGUAGAAGGCUUUAUGAUCAGCUGAGCCCCCUAGGUCCGAUUCUUUUGGCUCUUACCGCAGCCACGCCAAUCUACAAGGGAUUCCUCGUGGAUACAGAUGUGCGAUGGAACCAGAUUAGCAGAGCAGUGGAUGACAGGACUCCCGAGGAACUUGGAGAGGCUCCUCUCAAAAAUGACCGGUGGAGGAUUCCCAAGUCCCGAUAUGCCUCUAACUCGACUUAUAUCUCUGAAGACUCUAGGCUGCGGAAGGAAUACUUUGACCCGGAUUUGGUCAUUGAUCAUGACAUUAAAAAGCGACUGAUGGAUGGAGGCAUGGAUGAUUUACUUGCCACACAUUUUGCCCAUCUCUUCAUUCGUGAUCCCUUGGUGAUCUUCUCUGAGGAUCUUGAGGAACUCGACUUGAGCAAGGGUGACCAUUUCGAGAAUCUUCAAUCCACAAACUGGCAACACAUGCGCUUCAAGCCUCCACCGUCCGAGAAAGACGACAUUGGCUGGCGGGUCGAGUUCCGCUCCAUGGAGAUCCAGAUUACCGAUUUCGAGAAUGCGGCAUUCAGCAUCUUCAUCGUCCUGGUCACUCGUGCCAUUUUGAGCUUUGACCUCAAUUUCUACAUACCCAUUCAGCGUACCACUGAAAACAUGGAGACUGCUCAUGCUCGUAAUGCUGUUCUCGAUCAUAAGUUCUACUUCCGCAAGGAUCCCUUCUCGGCACGAGCCCCCAAGGUGUCCACCCAGCAGUCUUCAGACGGCAGUACAUUUUCCUCUACAACGUCUUCAGCUAUCAACACGCCACCACCGUCCCCUCCUCUUGGCCCAGUCGAGGUCGAGUAUGAGUUAAUGACCAUUUCCGACAUCAUUAAUGGCAGCACGGAUGGUUCAUUCCCCGGUCUCAUCCCGCUUGUGGAGUCCUACUUAAACAGCGUCAAUGUGGACGUCGAGACACGUUGCUUCCUUGCCAGCUACCUCGAUCUCAUCCGCAAACGCGCCGACGGUACACUAUGGACGGGAGCUCGUUGGAUCCGCGAGUUUGUAGCCAAGCACCCAAGCUAUAAGCAGGACAGUGUCGUGUCCGAGGAAAUCACCUACGAUCUUAUCAAGGCGGUCGAGGAGGUGACUACCAAGGAGGGCCGGAACGGGUCUCUCGGCUGGGAGCUCCUUCGGGGCAAAAAGAAUUAG